AUGAGCUGCCCAGAUUGCAACAGAGGAUCGAUCCUUGAAGGCGUACCCACGGGCUCGUUCACCGAGAUCGAUGGCGUCAAGGCCUAUUUGGCCUCCAGCACGGGGGAUGCUAAUGGGCGUCAGGGCGGUCGUGCUAUUUUUCUCCUCAGUGAUGGCUUUGGUUUACCGCUCGUGAACUCGCAUCUCUUGGCGGACAAAUUUUCGAAGGAACUUUCUUGUGAUGUCUGGAUCCCGGAUCUUUUCAAUGGAGAACCGAUUUUGGACUCGAAUGAGAUGACAGAGAGCCUCAUGCCCAAGCGACCUCGCACAUGGGCUCUCUGGGACAAGAUCAAAUUUGCCGUCAUGAUUCUACUACCGCGCAGUGGGAUUUUCUUUCGGAAUCGAGCGUCAAUUGUCGACCCACGAACCACUGCGUUCAUCAAGAGGGUUCGCGAGCAGCAUAAAUAUGAUAAAAUUGGCGCUGUCGGGUAUUGCUUUGGAGGAGCGCUCGGCGUGAGAUUGGCCCCACUUGGUAUUUUUGAUAGCAUGAUAGUUUGCCACCCCGGAGCGGUCUCUGAGGCCGAGGUGAAGGCAAUUAAUAUCCCUACUUCCUGGGUAUGUGCCGAAGAUGACAUGACGUUUAGUCCUGCUAUGCGCAACAAGUCUGAAGCGCUGUUUGCGGCUCGUAAAGGGAAGGAUGAUUUCGUCGAUUACGAGUUCGUGGAUUAUAAAGGUACCGUUCACGGAUUUGCCUGCCGGCCUUUUUUAGAAUUCCCUGAUGUCAAGGAGGCGUUUGAGAAUUCUUUCGAUCAGAGCCUGAAGUGGUUUGAGAAAACACUACUGGUGACCUCGGAGGCUUCAACAGGGGCAUGA